UUCUUCAUUGCCGGCAUUGAAGACACCAUCACUGCCGGUACAGGAAGAACUGGGGCCGAAUUAUCGUUAUAAACAGUCGUUUCGUUUUCUUUUUAUUUAUUGGCAAAUUUGUUUGUAAGUUUCGUUAAGAUUACAAAAUGCCCGGUUAUUCCGACAGAGACCGCAGCCGCGACAGAAGUUAUGGCGGCAGUUACAACAGCGGGCCUCCGCGGUUUGGUGGGAGUCGAAAUGGUCCCUCUUCCGGGAAGAAGUUUGGUAGUCCAGGAGACCGACUGCGCAAGAAACACUGGAACCUGGACGAGCUGCCCAAAUUCGAGAAGAACUUUUACCAGGAGCACCCGGAAGUAGCGCGCAGGUCCACGCAAGAAGUUGAUCAGUACAGAAGGAGCAAAGAGAUUACAGUCAGAGGGAGAGACUGUCCUAAACCUACAAUUAAUUUUCAUGAAGCCAGUUUUCCCUCUUAUGUCAUGGAUGUGAUCAAUAAACAGAACUGGACUGAACCAACUCCAAUCCAAGCUCAGGGGUGGCCCCUGGCACUUAGCGGCAAAGACAUGGUUGGCAUUGCGCAGACUGGAUCUGGCAAAACGCUUUCGUAUUUGCUUCCUGCUAUUGUGCACAUAAACCACCAACCAUUCCUGGAACGUGGAGAUGGACCUAUUUGCCUGGUGUUGGCUCCUACUCGUGAGUUGGCCCAACAAGUCCAGCAGGUUGCAGUGGAGUAUGGCAAAUCCUCACGCCUCAAGUCGACUUGCAUCUAUGGUGGAGCCCCUAAAGGACCACAAAUUCGUGACCUAGAGAGAGGAGUUGAAAUCUGCAUUGCUACUCCUGGGAGACUUAUUGACUUCCUGGAAGCUGGAAAGACAAAUCUGCGCAGAUGCACAUACCUGGUGCUGGAUGAGGCUGACAGAAUGCUGGACAUGGGUUUUGAGCCCCAAAUCCGAAAAAUUGUUGACCAGAUCAGGCCGGACAGACAGACUCUGAUGUGGAGCGCUACCUGGCCCAAAGAGGUGCGUCAGUUGGCUGAGGACUUUUUGAAAGAUUAUGUCCAGAUCAAUGUUGGAGCUUUGCAGCUCAGUGCCAACCACAAUAUCCUGCAGAUAGUGGAUGUAUGCAAUGAUGGAGAGAAGGAGGACAAGUUGCUGCGUCUGCUCGAGGAGAUCAUGAGUGAAAAGGAGAACAAGACUAUUAUCUUUGUAGAAACCAAGAGGAAGUGUGAUGACCUUACAAGAAGGAUGCGCAGAGAUGGGUGGCCUGCAAUGGGUAUCCAUGGAGACAAAAGCCAGCAGGAGAGAGACUGGGUGCUUAAUGAAUUCAAGUUUGGCAAAGCACCCAUUCUUAUCGCUACAGACGUGGCAUCAAGAGGUCUAGAUGUCGAGGAUAUCAAGUUUGUAAUAAAUUUCGAUUAUCCCAACAACUCCGAGGACUACAUCCACCGCAUUGGUCGCACAGCUCGCAGCCAGAAAACAGGAACGGCCUACACUUUCUUCACGCCCAACAACUUCAAGCAGGCACACGAACUGGUCUCUGUCCUCCGUGAAGCAAACCAGGCAAUCAACCCCAAACUCAUCCAGAUGGCAGAAGACAGAGGAGGUCGUUCAAGGGGCGGUCGAGGUGGCGGGUAUAGAGAUGAUCGGCGGGAUCGUUACUCUGGAGGUAGACGGGACUAUAAUAACUACAGCCAAGACAGUCGCAGCAAUGAUCGUGGUUAUGACAGCGGACCAAAGAAAGCCUUCAGUACCAAGACACAAAACGGGGCAGCGUACAGUAAUGGGACCAAUGCUUACAAUGGGAACAGUAAUGGUGGCUUUAACGGGGCUUAUAAUGGACAGUCCAACUUUAAUGGCGCUCAGACUUCUAAUUUUGGAAACCCGAGUUUCCAGAACAAGCAGUUUAGUGCCAACCAGGGAGCUGCUCAGAACAGUGCAAAUCACAACGCACAGUUUCCCUUCAACCCUCAGCAGCAGCCAGCACAGCCCAUGAUGCCCUUUUCCAUGCCCCCACCUAACUUUCCCUAGAUAAACUCUCGCACCCAUCUGUAUGCGCACAGUAUAAUUUAUUACCUUGUGUAACUUCUAUAUAUCAUGACUGUUAAUGUUCAACCUUGCAGGAUUUAAAAUUACUUGUUUCCGUCUGCAGUGCAGCAGUUAAUGAUGGGUUAUUAUUAUUUUUUUUAUUAUUCCAUUCCUCAAUUUUCACUCUUUUUGUACUAGUUUCAUUCAUUUAUUAAUUUACAACUGUAAAGUUUCAGAUAUUAUACUGGGCCAUUACAUGGCUCUUAAAUAAAAACACAAACCCACA